AAUUCAGUGUCGCUCUAUAGAAAUAGAUCAGGUGUAAAGAAAAUGGUAAAGAGUGCCAUUAAAAAUGAAUUCACAGACAUACUUGUAAUAAAUGAAAAUAGGAAGGAGCCCGAUGGACUGUUGGUUAUACAUUUGCCAAAUGGACCAACAGCUCAUUUCAGAUUGAGUUGUGUGAAAAUCACAACGGAAUUGAGAAAAUCUCACAAGGAUAUUACUGCACAUAGACCAGAAGUUAUUUUGAACAAUUUUAAGACAAGGCUGGGUCUCACCGUUGGCAGAAUGUUGGGAGCUUUGUUCCAUUAUGAUCCAGAAUUUCAAGGCGCCAGAGCUGUCGCCUACCAUAAUCAGAGGGAUAAUAUCUUUUUCAGACAUUAUAGGUACGGUUUCGACGCUGAUGGCAAGAGAGCAAGAUUGAAGGAGCUCGGGCCGAGAUUUACGUUGCGAUUGAAAUCUCUGCAGAAAGGCACCUUUGACAGCAAAUAUGUGCAGUAUGAAUGGAUCAUAGAUGGAAGACGGCAUAAAAUGGAGACAAGUAGAAGGAAGUUCUUUUUGUGAAUUGUUUUUGCUGGCAUAUCUCCAUUUAGGUGGAAUACAUUUUAUGCAUGAAAAUAAAGUUGAUUUGAGUUGAA